GCCGUGGCUCCCCAGUGUUCAAGGUGCGGCCGCUGCAGGUGGAGCUGAGGCCGGGCCAGAGCGCGGAGAUGGUGCUGGAAGGCUGCUCCAGCACUGCCCAGGAGGUGAAGGAGUGGCUGCUGUGUUAUGCUACAGUGGGGAAAGAGAUAGAAGAGAAACAGAUCAUGCAAGUGAACAUCACCUGCAACUUCAUUUGCCCUGCUGUGCAAAUGUCUUCCACAGCAAUCACCUUCCGUGUAGAAAAGAAACCCAGUGAUGCCCUGACGCUGCAGUACCAGCCUCUGUCGGUGAAAAAUGUCUGCUCGCUGCCGUUCAGCAUUGUGCUGCACUUGGAGCACCCGUUCCGAAUCUGCAGCAAGGACCAGCAGCCCAUCCCUGCAGAUUCCAAGCCCAUGACGCUGGAUGUAGGCGAGGAACUUAAUCUCUGCAUCCGCUUCAACCCAGCUUAUGAGAAGGAUUUGCACAGCCGGGUGGCAGAGAGGGUGCUCAGGAUGUGCUUCAUGGAACAUCCUCACGAGGAGCAGAUGACUGUGCGGGGAGAAGUCUACUUCCCCAACCUCGAUCUGGAGUCCGAGUUCGUGGACUUUGGCUGCAUCAUCAAUGACACCGAACAAGAGCUGCACAUGGAGAUGACCAACUGCGGCCCAAUUGCUGCCGAGUACCACUGGUCACUGCUGACAGACCGCCAGCUGAACACCAUAAGGUUCAAGCCUUCGCCACCUAAGUUCAAACGCCAGUCAUCCAAGAAGGAGGGAGGCUUUCUGAGGAGAUACUCCAAGGCUGAAAGUGUGGAGGAGCCGACCAAAACCCCAAAAACAGUACAGUGCUCUGCCCAGAAGCCAGCAGAUGCAGAGGACUCCCCGGAAGCAGAGGCGCUGCCAUCCCCUGCUGUGGAGCCUCAGAGGCCGGUGAGGAAGAGAGCGUGGCGCCACUUCCCAGAGGUGCAGCGCCCCAAGCCUGGCAUGCAGGAGGUUUUUGAUGUCCGGCCCCUGUGGGGUGAGCUGCAGCCGGGAGAGAGCCACACGGUCACCUUCACCUUCUUCGGCUACGCCAACAUCGUCGCCCGUGUCACGGCGCUGUGCCACGUGCAGGGAGGCCCCACCUACCGGGUAGUGGUGGCUGGGGGGGCUUCGCCCGUGUCUACCAACUGGAUGUGGAAGAGAUGGACUGAGGGCCUCAGUGCUGAUGACGACCUCUUGAAAUCAGAUGAGGAUACCGAAACCGAAUCAUCCAAAUAUUCUUCAGAAGACAACGCUUGACAAGUUCAGUCCCAAAAUUCUUUCAGGAGCUCGGAAGCCCUGCACGAGGAAGUUUUUCUACGCAAAGCCAGUGGAUGAUUUGACAUGUGACAACAUGGAAAUUCAUUUACUCUGAAGGACUCAAGGAAUGAACUGAAGAACCUACCGUGUGAUAAGAACCUUGAGGAUUGGCAUUGGCAUACUUUGUUUACCAAUA